AUGCAACCGGCGGAAUCACUUGCCUAUAGUUUGUGGAGCGAGAGAUGGCCGUCGGUCGGUGGUCGACGACCGACAACGCUGCCAGCAGUUUCACAAAGCAACGCAUACGGUGCCGAACGUUUAGCCGUUGACAUCCCCCCUCUCUUUCAAUGGCGCCGCGACAAGAAAGCCAAGUCGGAUCUAUCGGACCGGACCGGUCAGUCGUUGGUCAAUACCACGCGUGGCCCGACCGUCAGUCUGCCGUCGGACAAGACCUACAGGAAACAGAUGUACCCAAAUCCAUCGCUGACGAGGACGACAAUCGGGCAUUACGCGAUUACGUACGCCCACGGCUUACGUUUACCGUCUGGACCCCAAGUCGAGAAACAGCAGCAGAAAAGGGAAAAUUCGCCGCAUCUCGUUAUUGCCGGGGUCAAAGACGGAAGAAAGUCAACGGUCAUUACUGCAAGCACUGCUCCAGAACUCGACCCCUAA